CGAAGUCAGUUCAUGACGAUCUUUUCCAUUGAGAAGUGUAUCGAGUUGGUGCGGUAGAUUGGCUGGAUUAAAGACACAUGCAGAUCGACUUGUGAUACCCGGUGUCGCCAUGAAAAAUUGAAGUAUGGGAGUGAAGACCCAGUUCCAAUCCACUUAUCAACAUGAUUUCUCGAAUGCCAGCAAGGGCUAUCGAGGCCGUGCUCUUUCGGCAUCAAUGCUGCAGAAGCCUUCGGGGGGUAUCAUAACUCCAUUCGUGGGCAGGCCCAUUACCAGGGCCGGACCCGAGUACCGCGGCGUAACGGUCGAUGGUCGGCCGAUAGGGGUGGCACCCCCGUCCUUGCCCAAAACGAGUUACAACACCAACUUUGCUCCCCAAACCUACGAUUACAAGAACGCCAACCACUUCCGAGGCAUUCCCGAGACCUUAAAGUUCCCAACUUACGGCGGAGCUCAAUCGCGAACCUUGGCACGAUCCAAACGCGGAGCCGAAGAGUUGGUCGGGGUUACCAUUGACGGCAGAGAGAUCCGAAACGGCGGAGCACAGAACUCUUACCCGGGCGGCUACAAAAGCUCGAGUAUGCACGUGAACGGUACCUCCAUGGGGGCCCAUUCCAGGCCCAUUGCCUGGAAUGCGGGCGGUUCUACUAAACCGCCCAUGGUGGAUAACUACUUGGAUAGCUAUGGAUUGAACGCCGGCUUGGGAAACGCCUCCUACACGAAGUUUCCCAGUGUUGUGGAGACAAAACCUCUGCAGGCGGCCAGGAUGGCCAAUUACACUCGGUUCUCGCCCUCGGAUUGGUCCAGCUCGAACAUGUCGCAUUUCAACAGUGCAGACAACGCACGAAACAAUUCCGAGCGCGUUCGCAGUGAGGCCAUUCGCUUGAUGCGCGAUCGCGAGGACCGCACCGUGUUGACGCAACGCGAUGCGGAUCGCCGGAUUGGCGAGCGACUCCACGACGUCUCGUUUUGGCGAUCCGAGCUCCAAUCUGAAUUGGAACGAAACAUGAACGAGACUCAUCACUUGAUGGAGACCAGGAAGAACUUGGAGCGAGCCUUGGCCGAAACCGAGGGCCCCCUGAGGAUCACCUCAGAAUGUAUCUAUCAUCGUGAGGGUAGGAAAGGCAUUGACUUGGUCAACGAUAUCCCGGAGAACUCCUUAAUGAGAGAGGUGGACACGAUUAAGGGAUCCCAAGACAAGAUGAGAAAGACAUUAGAGCAGGUCAAUUACCAACUCGGCCUCAAUAGAAACGCCAGGCACCAAUUGGAACGAGAUUUGGCCAAUAAAGACCAGGCUAUCAACAUUGAUCACACCUGCCAUCAGCUCCAGAAUACAUCUCGGGCCAUUAAUAUGCACGGUGGGAUUGAGAAGAUGGACCCGAAUGUGAGCAUUCCGGACACAUGGGCCGAGAACUCGAAUCACAACAUACAAGAGUCCCAGGCCUCGCGCUCCACAUCUCAACGUUUGAGGAGUGACGUUGACAACCUCAUAACUCAAUGCGCCAAUGACAUGUGGAGUUCGUGGACCAAUUCGAACACCUCACUCCAGCAACGAAUCACCGAGUCCACAGAUGCCCAUAACAAGCUUCAAUCCCACCUGUCCAAGACCAUGCAGGAGAUUUAUGAUCAAGAAAAGCAUAUACAAGCAUUGAAGAAAGCGAUCCGAGAUAAGGAGGCCCCCUUGAAGGUCUCUCAAACUCGAUUGGAAGCUCGAACCCAUCGACCUGACGUGGAGCUCUGUCGGGAUCCCGUUCAUCAUCGUUUGGUCGAGGAGGUGGGACAAAUCCAAGAGUCGAUUGAUCUCUUGAACCGAAAAUUGAACGAGGCCGAGUCCGCUCAUCAGGAUCUCCUGGUGAAUAAGGCUCGAUUGGAACACGACCUCAAAAUCAAAUCGAAUUCCCUCUUUAUUGACCGAGAAAAGUGUCUGUCGUCUCGCAAGAGCUUCCCAGUCAUUUCUCUGGCCACGAAGCUUUAGAAGUCAAUCAUCAUCUAAACCAUUCACUUACACUCUCAAUCGAAGGGACAAUACUAGUCACUAGCAACACACACCAACUUUGGAACGACUUCUCCGUAGAUCUAACUCUUCUCUCGUCACUCUUUGAACGCACUCUCAGCACCUCCGAUCGCGUAUUAUUGCCUACUAUUGUUCACACACACACACACAAAACAUAUGUAGUGUGUAAUAUACGUAGUGGAAUUUAUGGCUCUCGAUCGAUUGCAAAACCUCGACACAAAAUGAUCUUUUUUUUUGGUUUGAUCCCGCUCUUUCUUUCAUUGGAAUCAUCUCCUUUCCUCGACGAUGUAUUUGUACCGAUACAUCACCUCGAUGGUAAUUCUUAGAACGUUAUUUCUUCACCGAGAGGUGCUCAACACUCACCGCUUCCGGGGAGUCUUGAUGCUAUUGCUAAAAAGGUCGAUAUAAAUCCUGUAUGUACAGUGCAUGUACAUAAUUAGAUAAUGUAUAAGUGCUCCUAGGAUUAAACAGAACUCGCGGAUCCGAGGCCCAUAACAAUGCAUUGUAAAACAAUAUAUCUCUGGCUUUGUAAUUGAGAACGAAUGGCUUGGUGGCAUUGAGUCACACAAUAAACGUUUUGAUUAUA